UUACCAGCCUACCGGACACACCCGCUUCCCCUCUAUAAGGCUGGGAAACGAUAGCUUAUUAAAUCAUAUUAUAAUAAUUUUCGACUUGUCGCGUCCGUCGGCGUCCAUCAUGACAGCAGCGUGCCGCGCCCUCAGACCUCACAGCCGGACCCUCGGCUCGGUUCAGGAGCUCAUAACGCGGAAUGUAAAGUCACACGCAGGAGACUUAAAUCGCAAAUCUGGCGCGGCCUUCACCGGAAACUUUAGGACCAUAGAUGAUCUGCCUGGACCCAGUCUCUCCACCACGGUUUACUGGCUGUUCGUGAAAGGAUAUGCAGAUAAAAGUCAUGCAAUGCAGGUGGAGCACAAGCGCCUGUACGGGCCAAUCUGGCGCUCACGGUUCGGGCCGUUUGACAUCGUGAACGUGGCGACAGCAGAGCUCAUCUCCCAGAUGAUCCGUCAAGAGGGACGGUACCCAGUGCGGACUGCGCUUCCACACUGGAAAGAAUACCGAGAUAUGAGGGGCCAGGCUUACGGGCUCCAUGUUGAUACGGGUGAAGAUUGGUACCGAAUGCGCAGUGCUCUGAAUCCAAAAAUGCUAAAGUUGCAAGAAGCGUCUGCCUACGCUUCAGUCAUUCAUGACGUGGUAUCGGAUCUGCUGGAAAGGGUGGAGCGACUGCGCUCGCACAGCCAGGACAAGAGCACUGUGUUUGACCUUGCGUCUGAACUUUACAAGUUUGGCUUUGAAGGCAUUUCCGCUAUUCUGUUUGAAACACGCUUGGGCUGCCUUCAGGAGGAAAUCCCAACAGAAACACUACGAUUCAUAGCAGCAGCUAAUAACAUGCUAAGGCUAUCUGAGACCGUGCUGUUUUUUCCUCAAUGGUCUCGAAAGGUAUUUCCUUUCUGGAAGCAGUUCAUCCAGGCCUGGGAUGAUCUCUACGAUGUAGCGCGGAAUUUGAUUGACAGGAAGGUGAAGCAGAUGGAGGAGCAGGUGCAGCGUGGAGAGAAUCUGGAGGGGAUGUACCUCACUUACCUGUUAUCAAGCAACAAACUGUCCCUGGCAGAGAUUUAUAUUACCAUCACUGAGCUGUUGCUUGGAGGAGUUGACACGACAUCCAACACCAUGUCCUGGACUUUAUAUCACCUCGCCCGUGAUCCAGAGGUGCAGAAUCGUCUUUAUCAGGAGCUGGUGUCCGUGUGUCCAAACAAGCGUCUGCCUACCACGGAGGACUUGACCAGAAUGUCGUACCUUAAAGCUGUUAUCAAGGAAACACUCAGACUCUAUCCUGUCGUGCCUGGUAAUGGACGCCUUACUGUGGAAAAUGAGGUUGUUGUAGGUGGUUACUGGUUCCCAAAACAGACUCAGUUCCAUCUGUGUCACUAUGCUGCGAGUCACGAUGAGAAUGAGUUUCCAGAUGCAGAAAGCUUCAUUCCGGAGCGUUGGCUGAGGGAGGGAGGAUCUCGUUCCCAGCACCACCCCUAUAGCUCCAUCCCAUUUGGAGUCGGGGUCCGGGCUUGCGUGGGGAGACGAGUAGCCGAGCUGGAGAUGUACUUUGCUCUGUCUAGACUUUUGCAGCAGUAUGAGGUGUUGCCCGUGGAUGGAGCCCCCACCGUCGAACCCAAAACGAGGACUCUUCUCAUUCCUUCCACACCUAUAAACCUACGCUUUAUCCCCCGGAUCUGAGGCCAGCACCACUCACCACGACAAUGAGAGGGUCAAAUCUUGUUAGGUUGGAGUGUAACAGGAAACUGCCACACAGUGGCCCAGAACAUUAUAGUCUCAUAUCAGAACUGAAUCUCAGAGGGAAAAAAAAGACGUUUGGAGGAAUACAAUGAAGGGUCAUGAGGUUAAAAUGUUCAUUAAAAUGUGUUUAAAUUGUUACAGUUUUUAGUACCACACUGGAUAUUAAGUCUCACAAACAGACAAGAUUUUUUUUACAUUACCGCAUAAAUUUGUAGUCUUUUUCAGGGAACAGGUGCAAUUCCCAGGUUUAUAUUCUAUUAAUGUGCUUUUUGUAAUACAAUAUUGUUUAUAUAGUAACAGUGUACACAGGGGCUUGCAUGAAAGUACUCCCAACAUAAUCUAUAAGUAAUAAUAAACAUAAAAGUAAUCAGAAAUUAUUUGAAUUUUUUUUUUUUUGUCAUGGUAAGGCUUUCUUAAAGGAGACUUUAAUUGUUAAUUCUUUUUUUAUAACAAUAAGUCCAUAUGCCUUUUAUGCCUUAUGUAUAAACUGCAUCCAAGUAUUUAUUGCACUAACCUGUAUGUAAGAAAUUUUAUAAAUACAGUAUUAAAAUCAGAUCUAAA